UCUCCAAUUCAAAGCCUUUCCCACCACAACAAAACCCAAAGCCUUCAGCUGAACUCAGCGGCACAACUCCACAGCAUGCAAAACUCCUUCAAGCGAUCCAAAUUCGACACUGCCGGAGCUCCACCACAGUUGACCCAAAACCCACUUCCUCCGCCGCCUCCCCAUCUCACUCACGACCAAGAACUCGCCGUAAUCGUCUCCGCUCUUCAAAACGUCAUCGCCGGCACCACCACCACCAUGGACUUCAACUCUCUCUUCCCUUCCUACCACUGCCCCACCCUCACUUCCUCCUCAUCCUCCGCUCCCGCCCUCCUUGCAGCAUCCGACGCCGACACGUGUCCCGUCUGUAACAUUAAAGGUUGUCUUGGAUGCAAUUUUUUCCCGCCACCAGCUCAGGAGGAGAACAACAUUAACAGCAACAACAAGAAGGGACCCAAGAAAAGGGUGAAGAAGAACUACAGGGGAGUGAGGCAGCGGCCUUGGGGCAAAUGGGCUGCUGAAAUCCGAGACCCGAGGAGAGCCACUAGGGUCUGGCUCGGCACCUUCCACACGGCGGAGGAGGCGGCCCGCGCCUACGACAAGGCCGCCAUUGAGUUUCGCGGACCCAGAGCCAAACUCAAUUUCCCGUUCCCGGACAACUCACUGUCGAUGAACCAUGAAACUUCAAUGACGCCAGCACAGACGCCCAUUCAGAAGCAGCAAGUUAAUGUUGCUGAAACAAAGCAAGAGACCAAGAGCGAGGAUUCAAAGGAAAUGGAAUCGGCGGGAAUGGAAUGUGAGUUCUGGGAAAGGAUUGGAGAAGACGAGCUGUUUCAACAGUGGAUGAUGACGAUGGACUACGCAGCUGAUCACUCGUCGGAUUCUGGAAACGGGUCUGCAGGAAAUGCUCACAGUUACUGAUGCAUGUGUUAUAGCUGUAGAAUGAUAUAUCAGUGUUCAUAAAAAAAAAUGAUAUAUCAGUGAGCACUAGUUUUUGUUUUUUGUUUUGUUUUGAUUAACAUUCAUGUGAAAUUUCUUGUUUUUGAGGGGAAAUCACAUAGUGUUACUGUUUGGUUAAAGAUUGCGAUGUAAAAUUUGGUAAACAUUACGAGGUUAUCUUUAUC